CUGCCCCUAUUCUUCUCCAAUGAACGGGCAAAUUUACAAGCGGCAUAAGCGUUUCACUACAGUAUGACCGAGACGGACGGUGACAGCUUGCGGAUGAGAUGUUGUUGACAAACCACUGAAUAUCUGCUAAAUGCAACGUUGGUGCCCAAACGAGAAAGUAUUUUCUUCGAUCCUGCUAAAAUCAGGUGGGUUCUUUGUAAAAGCCGUUGGGGGUGAAGCUACCGGCUACAGCUACAGAUAUUGGAGAGGACAGAUCUGUUUUUCAGAGCUGCUGGCGAGAGCGCGCGACCUUUCUGGAGCGCAGGCUGAUUUAAGGACCGCGCGAGCGACCGGAAAAUGAACCAUGGCAACGGCAUCUCUCGGGAAAGAGCUCGAGCGCACUUUUCAUCAUUUGCGUUCAUUUGCCCUUUUUGGAGAAUAAUUAAUUGGGUAGUUUUAUGUGGUUUAUUAGUUAAUGAGAGGUUUUGGUGAUUUAGUGAUUGUUUGUAGUGCAUCUGACGCGGGAUAUGGAUAUUUUGACUUGGUUGCGUUAAAGGGACCCGCUGCCUGCCUUUCCAUCAUAAUGGAUCAAGAUGAUAACCAAGAAACAUGUGAACACCCUCCGUAUGCCCUUUACGGGCCUAACCGGAUCCGGCCGUCGUCGUACCGGGCUCUGCGAAGUGCCGUGUCCAGCCUGGCACGAAUUGACGAUUUUUGCUGUGAAAAAAUCGGAUCCGGGUUCUUCUCAGAAGUCUUUAAGGUGCAGCACAGGAUCACAGGGCAGGUGAUGGCUCUAAAGAUGAACACACUGGCCAGCAACAAAGCCAACAUGCUGAGAGAGGUGCAACUCAUGAACCGCCUUUGCCACCCCAACAUCCUCAGGUUUUGGGGGGUGUGUGUUCAUGAAGGACAGCUUCAUGCUCUUACAGAGUACAUAAAUGGGGGCAAUCUGGAGCAGCUGCUGGACAGUGACAUAUAUCUGUCAUGGAUCGUGAGGAUAGGUCUGUCUCUGGACAUUGCAAGAGGGCUGCAGUAUCUACACAGCAAGGGCAUUUUCCACCGAGAUCUUACAUCAAAGAACUGUCUGGUCCGUUGUGACCAUGGUGCUUUUACUGCUGUGGUUGGGGACUUUGGGCUGGCAGAGAAAAUCCCUGAUUACAGUGAUGGUGUUGAAAAGCAGCCGUUGGCUGUUGUGGGCUCCCCCUACUGGAUGGCUCCGGAAAUGUUAAGAGGAGAGCUAUACAAUGAGAAGGUGGAUGUUUUUGCGUAUGGAAUAAUCCUUUGUGAGAUUAUUGCUCGAAUUGAGGCUGACCCAGAUAUCCUCCCACGAACAGAGGAUUUUGGACUGGAUGUGGACACCUUUGAGCAUAUGGUGGGAGACUGUCCACCUUCAUUCCUUCUUCAGGCUGUCAGUUGCUGCAAUAUGAGUGCAGACAGUCGUCCUGCCUUUUCUGAAAUAGUAGUGACACUUGAGAGGAUAGAGAGAGAGAGGAAGAUGAGUGAAGCUCCAAUCAUUCUAGAGCCCAUUGUGAUUGACGUCAGUCCGUAUAGGAGGAGAAGCUCACCAUGCUAUCCUGGUGACCAGCGCCUGUCCCGUAGUCAGUCAGACGUAUUGCCCCCUGCAACUUCACCGUGUUUAGGCACACCUGCACGUGUCAACCCAUUCUCUCUUCGCCAAGACCUCAACGGUGGUCGCAUCAAGCUGUUCGACACCCCUAGUAAAUCUGUCAUCUCUCUUACCUUUACCCUUCCACCUCCUCCAGACCCCUGUGCCUCCCAACCACUAAACGGGAGCCAGGGGCUCCGAGGCCCCCCUCGACGGUGUCGCUCCCUGCCGUGCACCCCCGAGCUGGGACGACAGCUACCCUCCUGGGACCAAGAGGAGGAGAGGACAGAAGAUCUGAGAGACAGAAUGAAAGAGAAUGAGGCAGAAGUAUGGCAAGACGAGGUGGAGGACUCAGGCCUGGUUCUGGACUUAGAUAUAGUGUCUUUAGAACGGGUAGAAGAAGAAGAAGAGGAGGAUGAAGAGGUGGAGAAGGAGCGACUGAGCCUCACAGAGCCCAUGGACUGUAGCAGCUCGCCCGACACGGCAGAAGGAAACGUGUCAGGGAAGCAGCUUAUCAGCAGUUCUUCUUAUUCCUCGUCCUUGCAGUCCAAUGGUUGGCCUACACCCAUCUCUAAUGGACCACCGUUAUUACCUUCCCUUCCCCGAUUGGACAAUAACAAUGGACUGCUGAGGCCUGGGCGGCAAAUAGCAUGGGCAAGACUGAAUGGAUACCGAGGCCCCGCUCUGGAGCCUUUACCGCCCACUAACGAACAAGAUGAUGUGAUUUCUUGUCCCGCCUGCUGUCUGGCUGGGUUCAGCUUCCCUUCUCUGUGCCUGCGUAGAGCUCCUCCCUCGCGCCGUGGACCUCUGCGACGACCGUACAGGAACUUCAACGGAGGGGAAGCAUCCGCAGCCACAGCAAAGGGACUGUUCUGUCGGGGAGCAAUGGGUCUGGCUCCAUCCACAGCUACUUGUGAGCCAGGCUUACCCCUACCAGAGGCACAGACCUAAAGAUGACCACUGCGACAUCUCAGAAACUGCAAUGCCACACAGUGGGUGCAGUGUGGGUUGAUGUAAAGGGAUAGUUCACCCAAAAAUGAAAAUUCUGUCAUUUACUCGCCUUGAUGUUGUUCCAGACCUGUAUGACUUCAGUCUGUGAAACACAAACAAUAUUUUGAAAAAUGCCACACUGUUUUUUGUCUAUACGGUGAAAGUCAGUACUAUUUCAUUGUUUGGAUGUUUAAAUCAUUCUUUAAAAUAUAUUCGUCCUAUUUUACACAAUAAAGUCAUACGAUUUUUGACAUGAGGAUGAGUAAAUAAUGACAGAAUGUUUUAGGGUUACACAAUAUAUUUAAAAAAAUUAAGCAGAUAGUAUGAUAUGGCUUAGUGCGAUGGUCAAAUUGCAUAGGUUGAAAUAUAUUCACUAACAGUUUCGACUGAGAACACGUCUAAAUGAACAGUGCUGCAGCAGUGCAUUUAUUUUAAAAAUACUUUUAUUAUAAUAAUAAUUUUACUGUUGUACUAUAAAAUAAAAUUGUAUUUAUUAAAUUUUGUCAAUUUAAAAAAUUCCAUUAAAUGCUAUUACAGUAUAUUUAAUUUUUUGUUUAAUUAUUUUUAUUUAAUAAUAUCAUAAAAUCAUAAUAUUAAUUGUUGCUUUAUAGUCAUUUUGAAUAAGACAAAAACAAUGGCAAUUUGGCCUAUGAAAGCUUAAGUGGAAAGAGAUUAAUUUAAAAUAUGUUUAAUUUAU